ACCUCCGUCUCCAAAGCCUUGGCUGCCCUCCCUGGUGGCAAUGGGUAACAGACUAUGUCCAAACCUACACAAUCCUAUUUCUCUUCCUCUCCCUCUUCCAAUCUGGUGAUACCGAUUAGCCACGCCCAUGGCACGACCGAAUGUUUCUAAAGAACCUUGACCUCACCACUGCUUUGAGGCCAGCGACGCUGCCAGACGAGGUUCAGCUCUUCGUCCAAGACAACGUGGGGUUGUAUGAGGGGUCAGUAUAGUCAACACAAGCUCCAACUCUAUGUACAUGUAAACCAAGAUACUGAUGAUAUCUAGCAAGUACAAAAUCCCCGGCUACCAAAAUGGCCACGUAUACCUGACCUCCCAUCGAAUCUGCUACGUCGACAAUGAUGAUCCUAGGAAGAAUUCCGUCGCAAUAGAGUUGCGGGAUGUGGAUCGCUACGAGUUCUAUGUAAGCAAGAAAACAUCAUGGCUGAUAUGGCUCAUAACAAGCUUCUGAUACCUUGCAGGCGGGAUUUUUGAAAUCCUCAGCAAAAAUCACACUAGUUCCCAAGCCUGCCAAACGCUCAGCACACAAUCGAGCCAUUUCCAACCUCAAUACCCCUCCAAGAAGUACCACGGCAUCUCCCUCUCUGAGAGCAGACAGUCCUUUUCACCUCCCUACACCAGAACCACCUCCAACGAGUACUGCCACCUGGAUAUGUACCAUAUGCAGUAAUUCGAAUCCUGUCCCCUCCAAUUUCGAUCCGAAGACCGCAAGCGAGUAUACUCACAUACCUCCAUGUCUUCUCUGUGGUUGUAAGCCAGAGUUUGCUCAAAUUCUCAAGGCUGCGAUUACAAGUGCUACCAAUCGACCCUUACAACUCCCUCAAUUAUCAAUCCCUAUUCCUGUCCGAGGGCGCCCUGAUGUCUCCAGACCACAUCCAGGCAUCUAUGGGAGAUCUCCGGCUGCCCAACCAGAUACAUUUCGUCCGCCACAAGGAACAGAAGCAACAUUUCCUUGUCCCAGAUGUACCUUCUUAAAUCAUCCAUCACUUCCAUCUUGCGAGAUCUGUGGUGCUUCUCUGGUCUCUCAAGAUCUUCCAACCGGCCUAGAUGACCCAAAAUUACGGGAAGAAUCUCCUGGACCAAUGCUAAAUGAUCUACCUGCUCCUGGAUUAGAGAGCAAUGAAAGUAUAAAAUUGUCAUUUCGUGGAGGAGGCGAAAAGAUAAUGUACGAAAGGUUGAAAGGUUGUAUGGUACAGCGUAAAUGGCUUCUCCAAGGCGCACCACCAGUCCCAAUACCAUUUAGACCUAAUGGCUCUGACAAUGUAUCGCCUGGUGGAAUUUCAACGUUCGAGAGAUCAAAGACUGUGGGUAUCGCAGGACUUGAGCAAAGACGGAGAGAAGUUCAAAAGAAUAACGAACUAGUCAUUGGAACUGCCUUUGAGGAUCUAGAUGCAUUGAUGGCAUCCGCCAAGGAGAUAAUUGCCCUCGCAGAAUCAUUUUCAAACAACAGCGCUGGCAAUGGAAGCUCAGAAACAAAUGCAGUUGCCAACGCUCUCGGUCUAGUCACAACAAAGGAUAUGCUUGGUGGAGGAAGCAAUUCUGGAUCACUCUACAUUUCCGAACUCUCCCGAAAUAUAGCAGAGUUUAUAAGUGAUGACGCCCGAGGGGUCUUACAGAAAGCAGGUGGCAUCAUAAGUCUAGUCGACCUCUGGGCUAUGUUUAAUCGCGCCCGCGGAGGUGUUGAACUGGUCUCCCCCCUCGACUUUGAGAAAGCCGCGCGACUCUGGGAAAAACUCAAACUCCCUGUUCGCUUACGACAAUUCAAAUCCGGCGUCCUAGUUGUCCAAGGAUCCGAUCGUACAGACGAAAAGACCAUCCGCGCCCUCCUCGCCUGGCUCGCAGAUCUCCAUGUCUUCCCUCCUGACCGGGAACCCCCAUGGGAUUGGCGCCUCUUUGGAAGAGGUGUGACGGCGCAGGAUGCCGCUGAACGAUUUGGAUGGAGCAUUGGGGUUGCGGAGGAGGAAUUGGAGAUGGCAGAGGAGAGGGGGGCGCUUUGUAGGGAAAGUGGAAUUCAGGGGGUUAUGUUUUGGGAGAAUUGGAUUGAUGAUAAGAAGAGUCCUGAGGUUUUUCGGAUUUGA